AAACUUCCGGUCGGUAGGUAAGCGCCGAAGCGGUGCGAUUUGGAUCUAGAUGACAUUGUUGAUUUUUUUUCUAGUUAUGAGUGAGAUUAACACCAACUUUUAACACAGUUUAAAGAACAUUUUCUGACAUUUUGUCUUACACGACAAUUCAUUUUAAUUGUCACCCGAAACGAAGAUGCGAUAUUUUAAAAAUAGAUAUGAGGACUACAAAGAAGGUUCGGAGGUUUACAUCGAUCAAGGCAAAUGGAAAGCAAGUAUUGAGCAAACAGUGAAAAGCAUAGUGCAUGGUAUGCCGCCGAAUCCUGCCACUUGUGACGGAGGUCUAUACGUUGGUAAUGCUGGAGUUGCAUAUAUGUUUUAUUAUCUUUCAAAUUGUGACUUGUUUUCAUCUCACAAGGCAUAUUUUCUCGAACAGGGUAUGAUGUAUGUAAAAGUUGCCAUGGAUUAUGUAGAGAGAGGAGGACAUCGGGGUGACCCCCCUUGUUCCUUCAUACUCGGAUCCGCUGGGACUAUGGCAGUGUAUAGUUUGCUGUUCCAUAUUGCUGGCAAUGAAUCGAAAUCGAAAAAGUUAGCUGAACAGUUUGCAAAAUUGGCAGACCAUGCAAGACCCAUAGCAUUCUACCGAUAUGGAUCAGAUGAGUUACUGGUUGGCCGAGCUGGUUAUCUGAGCGGUGCACUUGCAUUACAACAAAAACUUGGCUACAAGGCUGUGGAUGAAGACACAUUAAAACACCUAUGUACUGUGACUGUUGAGUCUGGAAGACAUUAUUCAUAUUCACACAAACCUAAAUCUCCCAAAGGUGUGAGGUCACCUCUCAUGUAUGCUUACCAUGGAACAGAGUACUUGGGUGCUGCCCAUGGUCUGUCUGGUAUCCUCCAGAUGUUACUGAGUUUCCCUGAAUUUUACACCUGUGAGGACAGUCAGAUGGCUGUGGAGGAUGUCCACAAGGCAGUUGAUUUCAUGUUGAGUCUAGAGCAGACCAAUCAUAACUAUGCCCCCGCAAUGGACGAGGUUGGCAGGGGUAGACCUGAGGGUGAAGACCUUGUUCAUUGGUGUCAUGGUGCCCCAGGUGUUAUUUACCUGUUCGCCCGGGCCUAUAAGGUUUGGGGAGAUGAGAAAUACCUUCAAGCCUGUGUAAGGUGUGGAGAGCUGACAUGGGAGAAAGGACUGUUGAGGAAAGGUCCAGGUAUUUGUCAUGGUGUGGCUGGAAGUGGCUAUGUCUUCCUCCUACUGUACAGGCUCACUGCAGACAAGAAGUAUCUGUACAGAGCACUCAAAUUUGCAGAAUUCAUGUUCACACAGGAAUUCAUGAAGGGAGCACGAGUUCCUGACAUGCCUUUCAGUCUGUAUGAAGGGUGGGCUGGAGCAGUCUUGUUCCUUGUAGACCUCAUGCAGCCAGAUAAAGCAGAGUUCCCUCUUUUCAAUGUUGUGUUUUGAAAGCAAGUUUUUAUUUCUGUUAAAUAUUUCAGCCACGCAGUUCCCUAUCCUUCAAAAAAAACUUUGUGGACAUGAUUUGACUGCAAACCUUUAUGUGCAUUACAUUUCUGGAAGACACUAGAAAUUCAAUUUUUGCUGUUUGAAAUGGUUUGAACUCUAAUAUUAUUAAUAUUUUGUUUUUAUAUGUAUAUAUAUCUUGAAUACACUGUUAACAAGUGAAAUUUGA